AUGUCGACGCGAACUCCGUACCAGGACGCAGCCCUCGCUAUCGUCAAGGGCGCGGCUUGCAUUGCCCUCAGUCUGAAGACUGGCCGCACCACGCGGAACGUCAAAUUUUCCAAAGACAACAAAUGCUCCAUCACCCUCGGCCCCGUCGAUAACCAACCGACCGCCUCUGAAGAGGAGCUCCUGAAGACCCUGACUCAGCAGAAGAUCGAGGAAAAUUGCCCGUUCCGCGUGUUCACCAUCCCCCGCGAAGUGGCAACCCGAAUGUACCAGGAAUCCUACCUGGACGAAUUCGGAAUUCCCGCCAACGUGAAGGAAGUUCGCCUCGUUGUCCUCCCCGAAUGGAACAUUAACGCCAAUAUCUACCCGACGUUGAAGUCGACGGGGCAGAUCGCUGAGAUCCGUUUCGAGACGGUGAAGUUCGUUGCGGAGAAGCGCCAGCUUUGCCUCACCCUCCAAGUAGUCCCUGCGGAUAAUGGCGAUGCGCCCGCUGUCGCCGUGGAGGAGAAGGUCGCCCCUGAGGACCUCCCGACACUCUCUCAGGUGCUUCCGCCCUCGGGCGUGGAAGGCGAUGACCUUGGCAACGACGGCCAGGAUGACCAGACCGUCACUCCGUGGGACGUGCAGGCGAACGAGGGUGGCAUCGACUAUGACAAACUUCUGAAGAAGUUCGGUUGCUCUGCCAUCACCCCACAACUCAUUUCUCGCAUUGAGGCUCUGACUGGCAAGCGGGCGCAUCACUUGCUGCGUCGCGGCAUCUUCUUCUCUCACCGAGACCUGAACUUGCUGUUGGAUGCUAUCGAGAAGCGACAGGCGAAUCUCGCGAGCGAGAAACGUGAGGACGGCGCAGGCGCCGAUGCCUUCUCAGGGCCAGCCUUCUACCUUUACACAGGGCGUGGCCCAUCCUCCGAGGCUCUCCACAUUGGACAUCUCGUCCCCUUCAUGUUCACCAAGUACCUCCAGGACGUUUUUGAUGUUCCUCUUGUCAUCCAGUUGACCGACGAUGAGAAGUUCCUGUUUAAGGAAAACUUGACCCUCGAGGAGACACACCGUCUUGCAUUCGAGAACGCGAAGGAUAUCAUUGCAUGCGGCUUCGAUCCCGACAAGACCUUCAUCUUCUCUGAUCUAUCCUACAUCCAGCACCUGUACCCCGUCAUUUUGGAGAUCCAAAAGAAGGUCACCUACAAUCAAGUGCGCGGCCUCUUUGGCUUCGUCGAGAGUGACAACAUCGGAAAAUCUGCGUUCCCAGCUGUCCAGGCAGCGCCCUCGUUCCCCACAGCCUUCCCGAUGAUCUUUGGUGGCAAGAAGGACGUGCGCUGCCUCAUCCCUCAGGCGAUUGACCAGGAUCCGUACUUCCGCAUGACUCGUGAUGUCGCUCCUCGUUUGGGUCUGUUGAAGCCGGCUCUGAUUCACUCGCGUUUCAUCCCUGCUCUCCAAGGCUUCAAAACGAAAAUGUCAGGAUCCGUCGAGACCUCAUCCAUUUACGUCUCAGACACCCCUGAACAGAUCAAGAACAAAAUCAACAAAUACGCCUUCUCGGGCGGACAGGCGACUGAGUCUGAGCAGAGAGAGAAGGGUGCGAACCUCGAGAUCGAUGUGCCCUAUCAGUACCUCACUUUCAUUCUCCCCGACGAUGAUCUCCUCAAGGAAAUCGGUGAGAAAUACGCGAAGGGAGAAAUGCUCACCGGUGAGGUCAAGGCCGUCUUGAUCAAGGAGUUGCAGGCACUCGUCGGCGGCCACCAGGAACGCCGCGCCAAGGUCACGGACGACAUGGUCCGUCAAUUCAUGGACCCGUUUCGUCCCUGCUUCCAGAGGUACGCGAAGUAG